AUGUGCUUAUUUAUUUCCCUCUCUAUCCUUUAUGAAGAUAGGAAUCAUCUGCAAAACAGCGAUAACUUCAUGACAAUGCUGAACACAAGCUCCUUGCCAUUGACAUACAGAAAAGAGUCUUAUGGGGAUUACGUCGAUUAUUGGUUUUAUGAGGAUUACUUCAAUAAUUUGACUUCUGUGUAUUACUACAAUUAUUGGUCUCCUGAAAAUUACUUCAAUGAUGGAUAUAAAAGCAAGAACUUUAAAAUAUUUCUCCCAUUCAUUGUCCUGUUCUGCAUAUUUGGACUGGUGGGAAAUGGCUGUGUCAUCAGGCUUCUCGGCUUCCGCAUUAAGAGGAAUCCUUUCACUACCUACGUCUUGAACUUGGCUGUAGCAGACGUUGCCACUAUAUUCAGCUCGCUAUUUGCAUUUCUUUAUGAUCCAUUUCAUAAGUCUACCAUUUCAAUAAUAUAUAUAUAUCUAUUCCUCCUCUUUCCAUAUAAUGCAGGUCUGUACCUCCUAACGAUCAUUAGCAUAGAGAGAUGCGUCUCUGUCACGUUUCCAAUCUGGUACCGAUGCCAUCGACCCCACCACUCUUCAGCCGUGGUGUCAUGCUUUCUUUGGGUCCUGGCAGGCCUCCUUUCUGGAAUUCUUAUUUUAAAUACGCUUUCGGGACAAUGUUGGAUGGAUGGCAUCAGAAUCACAAUUUUCUCUCUAAACGUCUUUGUGUUUACUCCUGUUAUGGCAAUCUCCACAUUGACCCUGCUCUUCAAGGUCUGCCAUAACUCAUGGUCACACCGCCCAGCAAAGGUGUACACAGCAAUCUUGAUCACACUGUUGUUCUUCAUUAUCUUUGCCAUUCCACUCAGUAUUCUAAACUUCAUCCGAGUAAUUGGUGCUAAUAUUGAUGUAGCAGGAAUUCCAUUAUCAGUUGCUGUGCUCUUUGCCGCAGUCAACAGCAGCAUUAACCCAAUCAUUUACUACUUAGUUGGGAGAGAUAGAAAACAGCGGUUCAGGAAAUCGUUCCGGAGUGCACUCCAAAGAGUUUUCAUGGAGGAAGCAGAAGUUCAUGAGGUGGAUAACCUGUGA